AUGGGUGCUCGGCAUACCAAGAGGCGCACCCGAACGCACGGUCCUACGGUGCGGCAAAGUGAUGUACCAUGGGUCGCAUUACCGAUCUCAUCUGCUUCUGAGCAGGUCAACGAAACGACAGAUGAUGGAUUUGAGGGACUCGAUGUCUUUGGCGAUGACUUCCUUGGGCUGCAGGCAGCGGAGGGGUUUGAUGUUGUGCAUGAGGCAGAUGAAAGUGGGAAGAACCAUCGUGUCAAGAUCGUCAAGGCGGAUCCGGCGCCCAAAGCAAAGGCGAAGCGGAGAGAAAUACAAAAGCAGGGGAACCACAAGAAUGAGCAUCAAGAAGCAAACGAGCGCACAUCGUCUCAGCAAGACCGGGGGGCGAAUGAAGCGGCCACAGAGGCCAAGUCUCGAGCCAAAACACCGAGCAUUCCUACGACGCAGUCGCACGAGCUGCCCAGUACCAAAGAUAGGAAACGGAAGGCAUCUGCAGCCUUGGAUGUGCACGAUGCCGACCGUGAUAUCGGAACACUGCUGCAAACAGCCCGUGAGCAGGGCAUGCUACACGAGGAUGAUGCUGGUGAUGAUGGCCAAGAGGCCGCUGAUGCUGCGGCUCCAGGGUGGGCAUCGUACGCAUUGCAUCCGCAAUUAAAAAUGGCACUCAAGAGCCUCGGAUUCCACAAGCCUACAGACGUCCAAGCAGCCACGCUCCGGCCGUCUUUGGGACUUGAGUCGUCGAUGCCCCGUGACGUCGUAGGCAUUGCCCAAACAGGGUCAGGCAAAACUCUCGCUUACGCACUGCCGAUCUUGCACUAUGUGCUAGAGCAUUCAGCGCACACGGAGGACACCCAGCGUGACUUGGAAGCACUUAUCCUCACUCCCACACGAGAGCUGGCCCUGCAAGUGUGCACGCAUAUUCGCGCCGUCGUAGAUGCAGCUGGCCGCUUUGCAAACGUUGCAACCGUGUGUGGUGGUAUGUCGGUCCAGAAGCAGGAGCGUAUGCUACAACAGCACGGAGGUGCACAUGUCAUUGUGGCGACACCUGGCCGUCUUUGGGACCUGCUCAAGCAGGAUGAUGCCCUUGCGUUGCGUGUGCGGCGAACAAGGUUUCUUGUGAUUGACGAGGCGGACCGCAUGAUCGAGACGGGGCACUUUGCCGAGAUGGACUCGAUUCUAAGCAUGGUCCGCCGUACCAAAGGGGCUGUGGCAGAUGCGAAUUCGGCCAUGCAGACUUUUGUGUACUCGGCCACGAUGACCAAGACAUUGCAGGCGAACUUGAAGCGUGCUCCAUGGCGCAAGAAGCAGCGUACAGCCGCGUCGUCGAACAACAAUACGUUAGACGACCUGCUCGCACGCAUUGAUUUCCGUGAUCCAGAGCCUGUGGUGAUUGAACUUACUCCACAGCGCCACGUUGCCGAUACACUCUAUGAAGCCAAGAUCGAGUGUGUCGGACAGGACAAGGAUACAUACCUGUACUAUCUGUUGCUCCGAUACCAAGGGCGCACACUCGUGUUUUUUGAAUGCAAUUGA